AUUAUCGAUAGGACGACAUGUUCAAUGUUAAUGUUAUUUUACAUGAUUUGGGACGCAUUAGUUUCGGUAAAGCGCUUCAAUUACAAAAUCACGCAUGUAGGCAAUUAUUAAAUUCGUUAAAAACUAACACUUCAAGGAAUAAUUAUUUAUUUAUAUGUGAACAUUUACCUGUUUAUACCAUUGGGAUAAGGAAAGAGUAUAAUGAUGAUGAUGAGAAGAGGUUGAGAAGUUUGGGAGCAGAUUAUAUGGUUACUAAUAGAGGAGGAUUAAUAACUUUCCAUGGCCCUGGACAAUUAGUUGCUUAUCCUGUUUUAUAUCUUGGAGAUUUUAAUAAUAGGAAAAGUAUGAAAUGGUAUAUACAGAAAUUAGAAAUGUGGUGUAUAAGGUUAUGUAAGAAGUUUGGUUUGAAUGCAAGCACCUCUGUUCAUACAGGAGUUUGGAUUGAAGAUAGAAAAAUUGCUGCUAUAGGUGUUCAUGGAAGUAGAUACGUGACAACUCAUGGACUUGCGUUAAAUUGUAACACAGAUUUAGAAUGGUUCAAGCAUAUUAUUCCUUGUGGAAUCCCAAAUAAAGAAGUAACAUCACUUACCAAAGAACUGGGGCAAGAAAUAACAACUGAUCAAGUUAAACCAGAAUUUUUGAAUAUCUUUGAAGAAUUAUUUCAAUGUAAAUUGAUAAAAGAUAAUUUAUAGUUGAUUAUUAAAAAUAAAACAACUCAUAAAGUUCCAAAAUUUAUUGGCGGCAUUGUUAAGCAUACAUACAUUUGAUUACGUUGAAAAAUACUUUUAUAUUCCACACUAUAUGUUAGACUUUUACUAAAUUCUGUUCAUUAUUUAAUUAAAAUUUGGAAUGUAUUUAAUUUAUAACACAAUAAUUUCAAAAU